GCAACCUUCAGGUCUAUAGCAAAGCAGAGGAUCUAGGAAGCCCAGGCAGGGUCGAGAUCAACUACUAAAGCAUCCGGCGAGAAUGGUUGCGACAAAGACGGGCGAGCUGAGGGCGCUGUUCUUGUCACUGGACCGGGACGCGGACGGCAGGAUCUCGGCCGUGGAGCUGCGGGGGUGCAUGCGGGCGACGCUGGGCGAGGACGUGCCGGCAGAGGAGGCCGAGGCUCUGGUGGCGUCGGCAGACGCGGACGGCGACGGGCUGCUAUGCGAGGCCGAGUUCCUCGAGCUGGCGCAGCAGGCGGCCUGGGCGGGUGCGGACAAGGAGAACGACGAGCUGAGGAUCCGGGCGCUGAGGGAGGCGUUCGGAAUGUACGAGAUGGAGGGGCAGGGGUGCAUCACGCCGGCCAGCCUCGGGCGGAUGCUCGGCAGGCUCGGGGCCGAGCGGGGCGCGGGCGAGUGCCGUGCCAUGAUCUGCCGGUUCGACCUCGACGGGGACGGCGUGCUCAGCUUCGACGAGUUCAAGAUCAUGAUGAGCUAGCAACCUCGCGCCUGGACCCAAGUAUAUACCCCUAGUUUGGGCUUGCAUAUAGGCCUUCGCUACGUUCGUUCGUUCGUUCAUUCAUUCAUUCAUUCGAUUGUCAUAUGGUACUAGUACAAAGUUGUAAUGGUGAUGCACAGACAGUAAUUGAUCUAUGUGAAUACCUUUGGUCU